AUGGCCGGUGCAUGUCUUCCACUGGAGGCUAACAGCAACAUAUAUACACCAUAUAUAUAUACAUAUAUAUGUAUAUUUGCUCAUACGUUAGAAGCUACGCUACAGUUGAUAUUAAUAACACUCAGCAAAGCAUGUGUUUUACUAACACAUACGUCAACGUAAGUCCUACCGGUGAAUUGCUUCACCUGACUGAUGCUUAGGAAUGCACACCACUAAUAAUGUCAAUAAAUAUAUAUAAAUAUAUAUAUACGCGGAGAUGAUAAGCAAUUGGAAUCGGAUAAGGUGAACGGCUGUGUGUGUGUGUGUCCACCGGUCCAUUGGACGAACUGUCCCCGCUGUUGGUAGUCACAUAGGCCAAGGCUGUUACGUAACAAGAAGCCUACGCUGUUUGAAUGCGGUCCCGCACACACGGCCUGUGCGUGGUCCUCUCUCCUCUUCAUUUCACACCAUCCGCAUUUUAUCAUUAAAACCUAAGUGUAUUCUUAAUUUCCCCGGAUUAUUAUAACACACGGAUAUUUUUUUUAAAGUAUUGAUAAAUGACUUUGUUUUUGCUGGGGGUUUUAAGCGCCAGUGUUAGGGGCUGUCCGGUUAAAAUGGCCCCUGUAGGAAUAGUCACACACACACACACAUACACACACCCUCCCUUCUCUUCCACGACAUACACGGAACCGCAACAGCAGCAGCAGCACCGGUAACACAGCAAGUGGGACCACGCUGGUCGACCUUGUACAGGAGAGAAGAGGGACGAAGCCGGUGAAGUGAGCCAGCGAAACCUACGGAGACAGGCCUGACAGCAGAGACCGGUCCUUUCAAGACCUUUACACUUUGACCCCUGAUUCUGGCGCAGACAUCUGGAGCUUUGUGGUAAACAGUUUAACUCCGACCAAUCACCCACGGCGUGCGGCCCUAAGGUGCGGCUAUACCAGAAACCCCUCGCUUCUUCAACACUGUGUCCAGGGAGAUAAAUGAGUGAGCCGGCUUCAAGGGAAAGGGCGGGGACAUGUACCAGAACCCCAACAGAAUGUCCUGGUUCAGUGGUUUCCUAGUUGCCAGAGUGGAUGACCGAAAGACUGCGUGGGGGGAGCGCAAUGGCAAAAAGUCCAAACGGAGGGGAGGCUCAUCUCUGUGUAACCCACGUUACAUGAGCUGUCUGCGGGACCCAGAUGCUAUGGAGCCCCCCUCUGGAGCCCCCCUCCAUCAUCAGCACCACCGUGGAGGGGUGCCAGGCGCCAUGGGAAGCGGAAGCAACUUUGGCGCUCGUUGCGGAUGGCAAGAGGACCACUACGGCAAAAGGGGCGGGCCUCACUGCCACCGGGAAGGCGUGGGGCUGAAAUCCGUGGACUUGGACUUUGAGGAUGGCGAAUUGAAAGCCAGGAAAGGUGGCUGUAACGGUGGAAGUGGCGGCGACACGGGAGACGACAGCGCCAAUGGCGCCGGUGUGGUGACGGCUGCCGACUGCUGGCUCAGGGUGGUGCGGGUAUUCCAAUCGAAAAAGUUCCAGUCCCGCAAACUGGAGCGCCUAUACCAGCGGUACUUCUUCAGGCUCAACCAGAGCUCUUUGACCAUGCUGAUGGGGGUGCUUGUGAUUGUGUGCGGCAUCAUGCUGACCUUCCACUGUGUCCACGCCCCCCCUCAUGUGGCCUACUCGUCCACCUUGUCGGUGGCGAUGGCGCUCUUCAUGGCUCUUAUGGUGGUGUGCAACCGCAACGGCUUCCAUCAGGACUACAUGUGGAUGGUCAGCUACUUGGUCAUUGGUGUCUUGCUGUCAGUCCAAGUUUUCGGGGUGCUCAUGGUGGCACCCCGGAGCGCUUCGGAGGGCAUCUGGUGGUCCGUGUUUUUCAUAUACAUCAUCUACACCCUCCUACCUGUGAGGAUGAGAGCGGCGGUGUUAAGCGGAGCCGUGUUGUCCAUUAUACACGUGGUCACCACCUGGCAACUCAACCAGGAGGACAAGUUCUUUUGGAAACAGGUGAGUGCAAAUGUCCUUAUUUUCCUGUGCACCAACAUCAUUGGAAUCUGCACCCACUACCCUGCUGAGGUUUCUCAGAGACAAGCCUUCCAGGAGACCAGAGGAUACAUCCAAGCCAGACUACAUCUGCAGAGGGAGAAUCAGCAACAGGAACGUCUGUUGCUCUCCGUGUUGCCAAGGCAUGUUGCCAUGGAGAUGAAGGCUGACAUCAAUGCCAAAAAAGAAGACAUGAUGUUCCAUAAGAUCUAUAUCCAGAAACAUGACAAUGUCAGUAUUCUGUUUGCCGACAUUGAGGGUUUUACCAGUUUGGCUUCCCAGUGCACGGCUCAGGAACUGGUCAUGACCCUCAACGAACUCUUUGCCCGUUUUGACAAGCUGGCCUCGGAGAACCACUGUCUACGUAUAAAAAUUUUGGGUGAUUGUUACUACUGUGUGUCUGGGCUACCCGAACCCCGAGCCGACCACGCCCACUGCUGUGUGGAGAUGGGUGUGGACAUGAUCGAGGCCAUCUCGUUGGUUCGUGAGGUGACGGGUGUCAAUGUGAACAUGCGCGUUGGCAUACAUAGCGGCCGUGUGCACUGCGGCGUCCUAGGACUCAGGAAGUGGCAAUUUGAUGUGUGGUCGAAUGAUGUGACACUGGCCAAUCACAUGGAGGCGGGAGGCAAAGCAGGGCGGAUCCACAUCACUAAGGCCACGCUGCAGUAUCUCAAUGGUGACUAUGAAGUGGAGCCAGGCUUUGGAGGGGAAAGGAACGCUUAUCUGAAGGAGAACAGCAUUGAGACCUUCUUGGUCCUCGGCUGUAGUCAAAAGCGGAAGGAAGAAAAGGCGAUGAUGGCUAAGAUGCAGCGGACGAGAGCCAACUCCAACGAGGGACUGAUGCCACGCUGGGUCCCUGAUAGAACUUUUUCCAGGACCAAAGACUCCAAAGUCUUCAGACAAAUGGGCAUUGAUGAAACCUCAAGUAAAGACAACCGGGGUGUCCAGGAGACCAUGAACCCGGAGGAUGAGGUGGAUGAAUUCCUAGGACGAGCCAUUGAUGCUCGCAGCAUCGACCAACUAAGAAAAGACCACGUUAAAAAGUUCCUGCUCACCUUCCAGACUUCUAGUUUAGAGAAGAAGUAUUCCAAGAAGGUGGAUGAUCGUUUUGGAGGCUAUGUUGCUUGCACUCUACUAGUGUUCUGCUUCAUAUCUUUCAUACAAAUUGUCAUCUUUCCACACACUCCAGUCAUGCUGGGAAUCUACAUCAGUAUCUUCAUCAUCCUGGCCAACAUCCUUUUCAUUUGUGCCAUAUACUCUUGCAUCAAGCUCUUCCCGGCUGCAAUGCAGACUGUAUCAAAAAAGAUUGUCCAGUCUCGCACCAACAGCACUCUGGUUGGAGUGUUCACCAUUAUCCUCGUCUUCAUCUCUGCCUUUGUCAACAUGUUUGCCUGUGACACCAAGAGUUUAGCGGAGUGCGUCGCAGAGAAAUCAAACACCUCCGCCACCACGGUGACACCAUGCUUGAUCCGCAGCUUGAAUGUGUCCGUCGAUGGGGGUCUCGAGAUCUGUCCCAGCCAGGGCCCCUCUUGCCCAUUUCCUGAGUACUUCAGCUACAGCGUGCUGCUGACACUGCUGGCCUGCUCAGUGUUCCUGCAGAUCAGCAGCAUCGGGAAGUUGGCCCUGAUGCUGCUCAUUCAGUUCACCUUCCUGCUACUGGUGGAGUGGCCACAAGUGGCACUAUUUGACAAUGCAGAUCUCUUUGUCACCUCUAAUGCCAUUGAUCUAAACGAAACGAGUAAUCAGUGGUCCAGUUUCAAUGAAACUACAAGCUAUUGCCCUUUUGUUGUGACCAAAGUAUCCCUGAGGGUCAUGACCCCGGUAAUCCUCACAGUCUUUGUCCUGGCACUGUACCUGCACGCCCAGCAGGUUGAAUCGACUGCACGCCUUGACUUCCUGUGGAAAUUACAGGCCACUGAAGAAAAGGAGGAGAUGGAGGAACUACAAGCCUACAAUCGCCGCCUCCUCCAUAAUAUUCUGCCUAAAGACGUAGCUGCUCACUUUUUGGCACGUGAGCGACGUAACGACGAGCUCUACUACCAGUCCUGUGAGUGCGUGGCGGUCAUGUUUGCCUCCAUCAGCAACUUCUCCGAGUUUUACGUGGAACUGGAGGCCAACAACGAGGGGGUAGAGUGUCUGCGGCUGCUCAAUGAGAUUAUCGCUGAUUUUGAUGAGAUCAUCAGCGAGGAGAAGUACAGGCAGCUGGAGAAGAUCAAGACCAUUGGCUCCACCUACAUGGCUGCCUCGGGCCUUAAUGACUCCACCUAUGACAAGGAGGGACGCACCCACAUUACUGCACUGGCCGACUAUGCCAUGAGACUGAGAGAGCAGAUGAAAUACAUCAAUGAGCAUUCCUUCAAUAAUUUCCAAAUGAAAAUAGGUUUGAACAUUGGACCAGUGGUAGCAGGGGUCAUCGGGGCACGGAAGCCUCAAUAUGACAUUUGGGGGAACACAGUUAAUGUUGCCAGUCGCAUGGACAGCACAGGUGUACCAGACCGCAUACAGGUGACGACGGACCUCCACCAGGUACUGUCAAGCAAAGGGUAUGUGUUGGAGUGUCGCGGGGUUGUUAAGGUCAAAGGUAAAGGCGAAAUGACAACCUACUUCCUGAAUGACGGGCCGCCCAGCAGUUAGCAGCCAUGGCAACGGCAGUUUGCCCCCCGCUGCAGGGACACAGCACCACUGAGUGAAGACUCACGGGGGUGAGCGAAUGGCUUAAAAAAAAACAAAACAAAGAAAAACUAUAAAUGCCAUCACUUGAAUCCCAAGCAAAGACAAAGGGGGAAAAUGUUUCGGAUUUUAAAAGGAACCUCGUUUCCUGAAGAGAGGAAAAUGUUCUCAUUUGACAGCCAUUUUUUUGGUGCAAGUGGAAAGGACGGCGUUUUUUUUCUCACGUCUAGCCUCUCUCUCAGGCUCCUUGAAAGAUGCAAAGUCUGUUUAUUUAAAUCAACGCCUUUAUAGCCUGUGUCAAAAGAAGAUUUACAUCAUUGCUGUACAUAAGGCUACUUACUUUUUAUUCUUAAUUUUUGGUUCACAUGAAUUAAGAGAAGGUACUGGUAUUUUCUUUCCAGAUUAUUUAUUUCAAUCUCAAAAUGUAUUGUGCAAAAAGGUCCUUUUAUGGAAAAAAAAAAGUGUGACGUGCACAAAUAUCCAGUUUAUUACACGAUGAUAAAUGUGUAUGUACAUGCAUAUUUGUGUAAUGAAUAUACAAUAUGUAUAAAAUGAGGACUAUAUUGACCAAAGACUAAAGUACUUACUAAAAGCAAGGCAUGAUAUGUUCUUGCAAAAGUCAGCAAUGAUCACCGCCUGUUUUUAAGGUCUAAACUGUCUUCUUGCAGUAAAGACUACUUCAUUGUUUUCAUAAGAUAUGUAAAAAAAAAUUAUUUUUAUCUGUCGGUGCGGCAGCAUUAAAUCUAAAUUAUUAUAGUGCCCACAACUUUUAGACGACUAAGGAUGUUUUCAUGAAAGUUAUAUAUAUAUAUAUCAAAUCUAGAUUUUUUUUUAUUUUAUUUGUGUUCUCCGAGGAGUAUACGAGUAGCUCCGGUUGGGUUCAUGAUCUUAUCCGAUGGUUCUUUACAGAAGUUUGAGCCACCAUCAUUCAGCUGUUUUUAAGCCGUAAAAGUAUGUCAACCACUCCUUUCCCUUUUGGAGAAGUAUUUUUGGUGCAAAUUGAAAGGGACUCAAGUUUGGAAGUUAGUUCUAGAGCAGGGGUGGGCAAACUACGGCCCGGGGGCCACAUCCGGCCCGCCAAGUGUUUGAAUACGGCCCGUCCGUUCUUUCCAAAGUAUUUCAUUUAAACUCAACAUACGAACUGGCAUCGUGGCUUGAGCCAACCUUUUGAUGGUUUUAUCAAUUUCGUUUUUUGACAUGGUCUGUUGUUUACAAAGUGCUCCUGAAAAAAGGGACACAAGCACAUAAUAAUAAUAAUAAUAAUUAUUAUUAUUAUCCACCCUCGGGCAUCUCUGUGUGGAGUUUGCAUGUUCUCCCCGUGCAUGCGUGGGUUUUCUCCAGUUUCCUCCCACAUUCCAAAAACAUGCUAGGUUAAUUGGCGACUCCAAAUUGUCCAUAGGUAUGAAUGUGAGUGUGAAUGGUUGUUUGUCUAUAUGUGCCCUGUGAUUGGCUGGCGACCAGUCCAGGGUGUACCCCGCCUUACGCCCGAAGACAGCUGGGAUAGGCUCCAGCACCCCCCGCGACCCUCGUGAGGAAAAGCGGUAGAAAAUGAAUGAAUGAAUGAAUUAUUAUUAUUAGAUUAUUAUUAUAACUAUUAUGAUUAUUAUAAUUAGUAAAUUAAUGCUAAUUAUUAUAUUAAUUAUAUAUAAUAUUAUUGUUAUAUUUGCAUAUUUUACAUAAUAAUAAUAUAAUAAUUAUUAUUUUAAUUUUAUUGUAAUUAUUAUAAUAUUUUAUUAUUUUUAAAAUAUUUAAAUAUAAAUAUAAAAUAAUAAAUAAUAGCAGAUUGCAUGACAAUUUUACAGAUACAAUAAUACCAGGUGGACUGUUACGUGUAAAAUAUAUAG